CGCCUGACCACGCUGGUUACCUGGUGUGUGUGUGUAGCAAAUUAUUUUCAGCUCCAGAAUUAAAUUCGAAGAAGAAAACGAAAAAAAAAUCUAUUGCAGGCUGGACGACUCACUACUUCGCCCUACAGUCUCGCAUAAAGAUAUCGCAAAUUUUUUCCUUGUCAUCAGUAACUAUAUCAGUUUCAUCGUCAUGCACAGUGGAAUCAAUGUGAAAGGCCAUCGGGAUUUAUUAACGCUUGAUACAAUGUGCCGAGAAUUGACUUCUAAUUCCUCGUCGCUGCACUCGUUACGUAGCAUCAUCGCAAUGGUUAUGGUGGCGCACGGUAAAUCGCCACAUUCAGCCAUUGAUGUUGGAUAUGACAGUUUCCUAGAAUUCAUGCGUGACGAGCGCUGGAAUACACAAAAUGCACAGCCUCGAGCCUGGCUAUUUCAAAACUGCAAUGAAUUCGGACAUUUUAGGACCAGCGAACGUUCGAAUGGCUUAUUCGCUGGAACGCUGCCUCUAAGGUUUUUCUAAAA